AUGUCCACAGAGCAGUAUGUUGGGUUGGUUAGAUCUGCACUCAUAAGUCAGGACCACUCUGGAGAGCGAUUCACCUAUCGUCUGAGACAAUCAAAGUCAUUGAAUGUUGAGUUGACCAUCUAUAUAAAGUUACAACCUUCAGAGAUAUCGAUAAAGACAUCGUUUGUAUUUGUAAAGAGUAAUGACUCUCAAUCAUCAUUACGUAACUACUUUGAGUGGCUGAUCAACAAGUGUGAUGCAUUGGGCGAACAGAACAAGCAGCUGCGGUCACAGAAUGACAAGUUACAACAACAAUUCAACAAGUCUGUCAGUAUGAUUGAGUUGCUGACCAAGGAGAAACACGAUCUCGAGAAGGAUCUCUAUGGCAAGUUCAUCAUCAUUUUGAAUGAGAAGAAGAAGAAGAUCAGAGAGUUGAAACAACAGAUUCAACAACAGAACACAGAGAUGAAGUCCAUGCGAUAUGAGGCAGCAUCUGCGGCAAACAAUCCAUCGACGCCAUCGCCCAACAGCAAAAGUAGUGCUCGGAAGAGAAAGAAGAAACAACAACAACAAGAUAUUGAUAGUGACAAGGAGCAAUCAAACAACAACAGUGAUGACAGCUUUGAUCUGUCACUGUCAUUGGGAAUGGCCGCCAAUCCAACACCAGCAUUGGAUCUUUUGAGCAAUGAUGACAAUGAUUCAUUCAAGGUUCCAAGUGUCAUACGCAAGAGAUAUAAGCAUGAUACCGCCACCACCACUGUAGAUACUACAACAACAACAACAACAACAACAACCAGCACAGCCAAGACAUCAACUUCAUCCACAUCGAUACCAUCAUCUUCUCUAUACUCCUCAGCGACCAAACCUCCACCACCAAAGUCACCAAGUAAACCGAACCAUCUCAGCAGGACAUCCACAACAACCAAACUACCAAAGCAAUCAACAACCAAACCGAAACAACAACAAUUGAAAGUGUCUGGUGGACAUGGAGACAAGGCCAUAUCAGCAUCAGAGCUACUUGAUGAGAUAUUCGAAUGA